ACUUUGAGAAGUUCUGCCACCAGCUUCUGGACCGCAGGGAAGCGCCGCGCGUCAAGCGCAACAGGGUGGAGAAUAAAAACCGCCUGCAGAUCGCAGACGUGCUGGUGUCCCACUUUACCGAGGAGGGGGCUCUUCGGGUGACUGUGGACCUGCUGAAAGCGAUUGGAUGUAGCGACGAGGCGGAAACACUCGUCACAGAAGCCGGUGGAGGAAAUUAGACAUCUCACCUGGACAGUGAAAGACUUCACAGCAGCUGGAAAACUGUGUGAAAGGCUCUAGUAUUCACACACAAGCUCCAACUACAGAUUUAUUUCAAAACAAUUGACUUUAUAACUGUUGUGUCAUUAAAUUUUUAAUCCUAAAGAAUUUCAUAAAAUAAAUAAAAUAAUUUCAGAGAAACUAAAAAGAUUUCAUUGCGGUUCAACCGGUCCUCCUUUUAGUCAUAGCUCAAUGUUUUCAGUUUUUAUUGUUGCCAAACUGGAUCAUCCAUCUGUUCAGAGGUAGCCUAUCAUACAAUUCUACACUCUUAUCAAGAAUGCAGACUUGGAAGCUUUCCCAAACCCUGCUUUGAGCCAGUAUACACUUCAAAAUCCACAGUGGACUACCUCAGAGGUUUUAAGUUGAAGGUUUAACCUUGUCUCUCACUUCCCUGAGCAUAACAUUGUAGAAAAUCUGUUCCAAACAAAGUCACAGGCAAGAUGGACUGAGAAUCAGAAACAGAAGAACGCAGAAGGAAGAAAUCCACAAAACAAGAACCAAAAGAGACUCAACUGCUAUAAAAAGGCUUUACAUUGCUGUCAUACUAAAGUGGUGCUUGCAAGAACUGUGGGGUCCCUAAACAUCUACUUUGGGCCCUUUUUAUUAUUUUAAAACUGUAAAAGAUGGAAAUAAAGUAUUCUUGCUCAGAA